AUGAAACCUGUCACUGAACGAGAUGUCAAGAAAGACCUGGCAUCAAGAGCUAAUGAACAAGCGGCUCAAGGGAGAUUGGGUAUAAUUCAUGAAGAUGAAUUCUUCUGGGAAAAUAGGGAGAGAUAUGUUUAUGGCCCCGACAUUGACUACUACGACAAAAAAAUCCCUGAGUACAAGGAAGAAUGGUACCAUUACUAUUGCUAUUAUGUCUCAACCAUGAAGAUCACAUCUCUAUCUUACGUUGAUAGAAUGAAACCAAACUCAGGUUUAGUCAGACACAUGAGUGAAGGACAAUGGAAUCUGCCUCGAAGCCAUCCAUAUCACCUACUAAACUUUCCUCAAGAAAUUCUCGAUCUCAUCUUGGGCUUCACCUUGGUCAUCAAAGACUAUACUAUUACACCUGAUGUCACCUUAAGCAACAAAAGAAGUGCAUAUAAAAUGUCACAUUCGUACACGUUAGACGGCAAGAGAUAUGAACCACCAGACUUUUCCAACAGCGAAGAUUCCGACCAUCCAGUUCUAUUGAGCACUAUCAUCACCAAGAAGCAUCAUGAUUCAAAGGGCGCAUACUUCAUGCUUCAUAAAGUUUAUCGUCCAAUGAUAGAUGCAACAAUACUUCGAGUUUGCAAGACCAUUUCAGUUCAAGGGACAAGAAUGUUGUAUGAGAAGAAUAUAUUUCAGUUCUCUAUGACACAGGUUCACAGUGCUGGAUGUCCAGGAUAUCUGGCCUUUGGGAAAGUACACAAGGACAAUGUGACACUGAAACCAUUUACUCGAAGAUGCUUGACAUAUGGCUCUAACCCUAAUGGUUGCUUUGCGAUGGCAUUUCGGGCAAUUGAAAAGAAGUUUUCAACAUAUGAUCUUGAAGAUUAUCUCUACCACGAUCACUUCAUCCGAUUCUUACGCGCCAUUGGUCCAACCAAAGCUGCUAUGAUCAAAAAGUUACAUUUUCGCGGAAGAAUCGUUACACAUAAAUGUGGAGAUCUUGAACGUGGAUUGGAUUGCGAAGAUGACUUGUAUGAGAGUCUUUGCUUAUACAUUCCGGUAAUCAACAGGUUCUGUACCAGUCUCCAAGAGAUGGUGAUUGGCAUUGGAGAAGAUAAAGUAUACUUUCCAAUUUCUCUCGCACAAUCAAGGGCCAGUGACAAAUUUGAAGCUCUCACUAAGCUGUUGAAAACACUGAAGACGGUUCGUCUUCUUGAAGUCUAUCAAUGGAAGGAAGCUGAACCAAACUACACUAUCGUUGAGCCUGGUCCAUUUAAGAUAACUCACACUUUUCCUGAACUUCAUCGUAGGAGAGUAAUAGAACUGGAAAGGAAGGUUACUCGGUGGUUCAAAGAGAGAGCCGAUAAAUGGGAACAUGAGGAGAUUGAGAGGCAGAAACUCCCUAGGAGAAGAAGAGUCAUGACUGCUUUGGAUAUGCCUUGGUAA